UGUUAGUGAGUUUAUACAGUUGUAGUAAAAUUGUUUACUGUUUUAUUUGUCUUAUUAUUUAUAAUAGAUAUUGGAAAUGCGUGUUAUUGUCUACCUCAUGAGUUGUUUUCUUUUGCACAGCUGAUCGUUGUUCCGUUGAUGAGUUAUUAAUCCGGAAAAAACCGAAUCUGUGAAUCUUUCUAACUUUACUGAAGUGGUUCACGCUCAUUUCCGCGUUCACGUCAGUCCGCAGAAACGACGCUCGGAUGAAAAGGUUUUGUGCGUACGCCUGGGUCAGAGUUGUCGUGGAGAAAAACCUGAAAAUUGUCCUCUUUGCUGGGAUUUGCUGGGUCAGGAUCAGUGCAAGAGAAAGCAGAGUGGUGAAAGACAGCAGAGCCAGAACGGUCACAUGGGUCACUUCCACAUGGGACAAAUAAAAUAUACAAGAUGGAGUCUAAAUCAGAAUUAAGCUGCUCCUCACCUGCAGGAGUUCAUGGACCAUCGACUGACACUUCAGGGGAGAAGAAGACAGAGCUCUCUGGGGAAAUAGAUGAUCUAAUAAAAGCAGGCUCAGAAAGUCCAACUUCUGCUGGAGCUUCACAGAAACCAGAUGCUACGAGUUUAGUGGAUGACUUAAUGAGACAAGAAACACCUAAAUAUCUACCAUGGGGUAUGUUUUCAAAUAAAGAUUAUAUCAAAAAGCAAGUAAUGCAAGAAAGAGAAGUUACAGCAAGAAGUUCAGCCAGUGCAGAACAUCUGAUGGGUUCUUUCAUCCUUCCAUCCCAUCCGUUCAUCCUUCAUAAAUAUAUAGGCCUUCAUGGCGAUGCAGAAGGCAGGAGAAUUUCCCAGUCCUUCCUAUAUGAUAGACAAGAAUGGCUACUAGGAAGAUUACAUGAAAACAUUCUAAGUGUUGAAAAACAACUAAAGAAGUUAGAAGUUCUGUUGCUUCAUGUAGCUACAGAUCAUGAUGAAAAACAUCAAGAGCUAAAAGAAGAAGAAGAGACGGCAGGAAGUUCAGCAAGAGCAGAACAUCUGAUGGUUUCUCUGGGUAAAGAUUACGAUGGAGACCAACAAAACAUAAAACCUGGAAUUGUAGAGAGACCCAGAAAUACAAGAUCAGACCUGGAAUGUCUUAGAACACAACUAAAGGGAAUAGCAUCUCUGUUGCGUCUUGUAGCUGAAAAUUAUGAUGAAAAACAAAAGCUAGAAGAAAGAGAAAAGACAGCAGGAAGUUCAUCGAGAGCAGAAUAUCUGAUGGGUUCUGUGGAUAAAGAUUACGAUGAAAGACACUCAUCCAUCCUUCAUACAUAUGAACGCCAUCAUGGUGAUGCAAAAGGCUGGAGCCCCUGGAGAAGUCCCCAGUCCAUCCUAUAUGAAAGACAAGAAAGGCUACAAAGAAGAUUACAUGAAAGCAUUCUAAGUGUUGAAAAACAACAAAAGAAAUUAGAAGUUCUGUUGCCUCGUGUAGCUAAAGAUCAUGAUGAAAAACACCAAGAGCUAAAAGAAGAAGAGACGGCAGGAAGUUCAGUGAGACCAGAACUUCUGAUGGGUUCUCUGGGUAAAGAUUACGAUGGAGAACAAGCCAUAAAACCUGGAAUUGUAGAGAGACCUAGAAAUACAAGAUCAGACCUGGAACGUCUUAGAACACAACUAAAGGGAAUAGCAUCUAUGUUGCAUCGUGUAGCUGAAGUUUAUUAUGAAAAACCAAAGCUAGAAGAAAGAGAAAAGACAGCAGGAAGUUCAGUGAGACCAGAACUUCUGAUGGGUUCUCUGGGUAACGAUUACGAUGGAGAACAACUAACUGUAAAACCUGGAUCUGUGGAGAUCACUAGAAACGCAGCAACAUUAGACCCUCUUAAAACACACCUAAAGAAAUUAGAACUCCUGUUGCCUCGUGUAACUAAAGUUUAUGAAAAACUUCAAGAACUGAAAGAAAGAAAAGAGACGGCAAGAAGUUCAGCCAGUGCAGAACAUCUGAUGGGUUCUCUGGGUAAACAUAAGCUGAAGAGAAGACACAAGACAGCAAAAGUACUCAUGUGUCCUACAGAAGAAUCUCACUAUGUGAAAGAACAAAAGCUGGAGGAAGACAGAAGCACAGAAAUGCUGUCAGGUGUUCAAAAUCUGAAAGCAGUAGGAGGUAACAGGUUAGGAUCAGGAAGCUGUGGAGGAGAAACCCUGAACCACGGUGGAAGUGAACUGUUGGUGCAGUCAGAGUCCACUUCUGAUGAUUCAUGUAAAAUCCUGGAGAAAACAGCUGGAUUUCCAGCCUUAUUUUCACCUCUGGUUCACCAGGGGUUUGUUCAGUAUUUCCCUGAGAAAGAUCAAGUCCAGAUGUUUACUCCUUUUAUCACUGAUGAUUUUGAGGAUGAGACCUACAGGUUCCAGGGCUCCAGUCCAGGCCUGUUCCAGUGCACAGUGACCGGCCUGGUGUUCCACAUGGAGGGAGAAGGGGAGGUUUGUUACAGGAUUGUUACCUGGAACAGGAGGCUACUCAGCCAACACCAUAAGAAACCUGCAGGACCGCUGUUUGACAUCAAAUGUCUGCAGCAGUCUGUGUGUCAGCUUCAUCUCCCACACUGUGAGAUCCUCUCCACGGGUGGAGGGCGCUUCUUGUCAGUCGCUCAUAUCAAGGAUGAGGGCAUCGAGUUUAUCAAGCCUCAUGAUAUAACAGAAACUCAUGUGAUCAUAAACAUCACUGGGUUUUCUGGUUUUGGUAACGUCAAGGAUGAAGACUCUCCCCCAGACCCGGUUCAAGCCUUGGUUCUGCUCUUCUACAAGCCCCCAGAUGAUAAAUAUCCUGACAGGUCUUCACUCAGUAUGUUGUUGGUACCGAGGAACAUAGUAAUCCGGGAUGUUCGGCGCACCAGGCAUAAAUUAAAUGGACCUGAGAGGUACAUAGACGAGUCCCCACAUUGUAAACUGAAGCCCAAGCAGGUUUACACUCUGUCCACCUCUCAUAAACGUCGGGUUAAAGUUCAGCCAGCAGAGGCAGAAUUUGAUGAGGAGAUCCACAACAGCUUCUUCACAUCAUUUAAGGUGAUUUUAAAAAGCAGCUUCGAAGAAAUCAACCUGAGUCUGACGGACAAGAGCAGCUCCUCCUGUGUUUGGGAGAGAGAAGUUUGUCUUUCACCGUCUACAGCAGGAACCACGGAUCUCACUUCAUGCCAGAAGCUGUUAAACAUACGGAGCACCUUUAUCGAAGGUGUAUCAGGACCUGUUCUCCAGACUCUGCUGGACAAACUACUGGAAACAAAGGUGAUGGCUGAUUCUGAGGUGGAGGAAAUUAAAGAGAUGCCACACAGAAGACACAAAGCUCGACGUGUCCUCGACAGCGUGAGGAGGAAAGGUGAAGCUGCCAGUUCAAAGAUGGUUGAGUUCCUCUGUGAGGUCGACCCCUUCUUCAGUGAACAUCUGGGGUUAACGCUAAGAGAAAUGGAGCAAUGAGGCAGGCUGUUCAUGAGGACCUCGUCAUUAGAAACAGAAUGAAAUAAAACAGACUUCAUUCAGCCCUCAAAGGGACCCCUCUAACCACCACAGGAGAGAUUUUCUUUGUAGAGUCGCUGUUCUUGUCUCUCAACAUGCAGGUUGCUCAAAUGCUUCAUGUGUCUCUGGGUGUUUGUUUCCAUUACUGGGAAGUACACAGUACUAAGAUCAACUGGCCUUUAAUUCUCACCAGGAAGUGCCUCAGUUUUUAUGGCUUUAAUUCAUUUUUAUCUUUUAUUACAAAAUGACUGAAAGCUCAGGAUGUAGUAAAUGUGCUGCAGUUAAAUGUGAUGAACAUUUUAAACUGAUGUAAUUAUUUAGUUGCUUUUGGAAACGUAGAUUUAUAUGUGUUUAUAAUAUAUUUCUGUUUAUCUUCAUUUUCGUUAGUACGUAUUUUAUUAACACCAACUGUGUCCGUUUAUUUUUCUUAUUUUAGCAAAUUAACUGCAUUCAUAGUUUGUACAUUUAAUUAUACCAAUAAGGAAUGAAAAACUAUUGUUAACAGACUUUUAAAGAGAUGAAUGAAUUGAUCUCUCAUGCAAACUAACUUUUUUAUAAUUGUUAAAAUACUACAUCUGUUCAAGUAGCUGUUCAAAGCUUUGGUAAUAAAUGUAAACCAGUAAAAACCAGAAUGUAUUUUUAAGAAAAUAAAUUAGAUAAAAAUGAUAAUUACUAACUUCAAGUGGUCAUCAGUUGACUAAUAAUUGACCUGACCAGCAGUUACUUUCUAGCUAAUUAUUAGGAUUAUUUCUUUGUAUUAGUGAUUGUACUGUAAACAGUAUUACCACAAAUUCAACAGUAACUUUACAAUUAAUCCCAAUUAAAAAUGUUAUUUAAAAGCACCUCUGUUAUAUUAAUAUGUUAACAGUAUUAAUCAUUUGACACAGUAAGAAAAUAAAUAAAAUUUAUUGUGUAGGCAGUAAAGUGAUCUUUUUAUUUAAAGAACAGGCCUAUGACAAUAAAAAUUAAAUAGAAACAAUUUGUACAAUAAAACCCAAGCUGUAGUGUUCCCUGUGUUCCAGCAGAGGGCAGCAUAAUGACUAAAAUCCGUUUCUCUAGCUGGAGUCACCAGCUGAUCAGCUCCUGCAGACCUUAAACACACCCGGUGCUGCAGUCAGUAAACAUCCGUUUAGAAACCGACUCUUGUGGAAGUAAUUUUAAUGCAUAUGGUAAUCGAUCAUAGUUACUCAUAUAACAGUCACAAGUGUAAUCAUUCUUUUAUUCAUAUAAUACAUUUAUUCAUUUAUUACCCCUAAUUACAUUUCAUAAUGUGUGUUUUCCUUAUAUAGAACAUUGAAGUUGUUAUUGUGCUGUUGGGUUUUGUGUGAGGUCAAGCUGACCACUUUUCUUCCAGACUCGUGAUCUGGGGAAAAGUUGAGACUGAUGGGCAGCUGCUAGAUACGAACAGUUGUUUAGACAAUAUCAGCCUGUUUGGGUGACACAAUAAGAGAGCGACGCCUUCCAGUCUCUCCUCUCCUUUUUAUCAGUUUAGAGACUGGCCUUCAGCUUGGAUCAGGUUGAAUAAAACUGGUUCCUAAAAUGCAGCAAGGCAGAGUCCUCUUGUCGGCUUCUGGGGUCAACAAGACAGCUCUGGAACUUGCAAGUAUUGCCUGUAUUUUAAACUUCUCCUGUAAUAAAGCUUAUAUACUUUUACUCA